AUGGCGCUGAGUAAGGUUGGAAUCACUUCCAUCUCGCUUGGGCGCAGCUAUGCGCGUCAUCAAUUCGUCGACAGACUCGCCGCAGCCCAGCAGUUUGGUUUCGACGGCAUUGAGCUGGCAUACGAGGAUCUCCUGGCGGUCACCAGGGGUUUGAACCACGAUGGCGUCAAUAAUGAGCCCGUUAGAGAUGCUCUGAUGUCCGCGGCACGUCUCGUUAAAGAUCUCUGUGCCCAACAUGAUCUCGAGAUCAUCUGCCUUCAGCCGUUCUCACAAUACGAAGGACUGGUCGAUGACGAAAUCCACGACGGGCGCAUCUAUCAGUUGCAUCUCUGGGUCAUGAUAGCUCACGAACUGAACACGGACCUCAUUCAGAUUCCCUCAAACUACCUCCCUGCCGACGAGCUGACUCGUGAUGUCGCGCACAUGGUGAGAGACCUUCAGGAAGCCGCUGAUAUCGGCGCAGCCGCCAACCCACCCAUUCGAUUUGCAUAUGAGGCCAUAUGCUGGGGAACCUGCGUCAACACUUGGGAGCAGUCUUGGAACAUCGUCAAAGCCGUCGACCGCGACAACUUCGGCCUCUGCCUGGACACAUUCCACAUUGCCGGCCGUGUCUUCGCCGACCCAACUGUCCCCGAUGGCAAGAUGCCUAAUGCCCAGCAGGCCGUCAACGACACCUUAGAUCGUCUUGUCAAGGAGGUCGACGUGAAGAAGGUUUUCUAUAUUCAGGUUGUCGAUGCUGAGAAGCUCACGAAGCCCCUCGUCCAGGGACACGAAUACUACAACAAAGAGCAGCCAGCACGAAUGAGCUGGUCACGCAACUGCAGACUGUUCUACGGAGAGGAGGACCUCGGCGCAUACCUGCCCAUCAAGCAAAUUGCAACGGCAAUCUUCGAUGGACUGGGUUAUACGGGCUGGGUCAGCCUCGAGCUCUUCAAUGUCAGAAUGUUGGACGAGGGUGAGGAGGUUCCUUCCGACUUGGCUUAUCGAGGUGCGAAGUCAUGGCAUAAACUAGCCCGAGACAUGAACUUAAGAGUUGGUUCGUCAGUGAGAGAGGAUUCCUAA